UAUAUAUACAUAUACGUGUGUGUGUGUGUGCGCGUAUGUGUGUGUAUAUGAGAUGCACUGAUGUAUCUGCUGAUAAAGGCUAUUUUUUGGCCGAUAGUUUAAAAACAUCCGAUGAUGAGGGCCAAUUAUAUCCUGUCAAUCAAGAGAGGGCGGGAAAACACAUCGACUUCGUGCGGUGUGUAAAGAUGUGUCUUAUGUGGAAUGACGACAAAACUGGAGUGUGUAAUUGCUGUAAGUGCUACACCACUAAAAUUUUACACCGGAUACUGCAGCAGUGAAGGGGUGUCGAGUCAAUAUAUAUUUCUCACAUGAACUGCUGCCUUCAGCUCCUUCCACAACAUUUCUAUUGGAUUAAGGUCAGGAUAUUGACUUGACCAUUCCAAAACAUUAACUUUAUCCUUCUUUAACCAUCUUCUAGUUCAUGGACAGAUGUCCUGACAGUUUCCUUUAGGAUUUGCUGGUAUAAUUCAGAAUUCAUUGUUCCAUCAAUGAUUUCAAGCUCGCCUGACCCAGAUGCAGCAAAACGGGCUCGAUCCAUGAUACUACUGCCACUAUAUUUCACAGGUUCUUAUGGUGAAAUUCAGUAUUUUCCUUUCUCCAAACAUAACACUUCUCAUUUAAACUAAAAAGUUCUAUUUUGUUCCAUCCACAAAACAUUUUUCAGUGGCCUUCUGGCUUGUCCACGUGAGCUUUAGCAAACUGCAGACAGGCAGUGUUCUUUUUGGAGAGCAGUGGCUUUCUCCUUGCAACCCUGCAAUGCACACCAAUGUUGUUCAGUGUUCUCCUGAUGGUGGUGAACUCAGGAACAUCAACAUAAAACAAUGUGAGAGAGGCCUUUAUUUGCUUAGAAAUCACCCUGGAUUCCUUUGUGACCUCUCAGACUAUUACAUGUCUUGCUCUUGGAAUGAUCUUUUGUUGUUCGACCACUUCUGAGGAGGAUAACAAUGGUCUUGAAUUUCUUCCAUUUGUACAUAGUCUGUCUGACUGUGGAUUGGUGGAGUUUAAACUCUCUUUAGAGAUGGUUUUGUAACUUUUUCCAGCCUGAUGAGCAUCAACAACUUGCCAAUGAGCAUAUAGGUAAAGACCAGACCUUUUUUUCAAUAAUGUGCUUUGGACCAACGAAUCAAAGGUAGUGUUGUUUAACCACAGUAACAGCAGACAUGUUUGGAGCAAUCCAAAGACCACUUUUCAGGAGAAGCACCUCAUAACAACUGUGAAGCAUGGUUGUAGAAAUGUUAUUGUUUGGGGUUGCUUUGCUGCCUCAGGGAUUGCACAGCUUACAUUCAAUGAUUCAACUAUGAAUUCUGCAUCAUAUCAAAGAGUGUUUGAAGAUAAUGUGAGGCCAGCUGUCUGAAAGUGGACCUUUUCAAGAGGAUAAUGAUCCUGAACAUACCAGCAAAUCCACCAAGGAAUGGCUCAAAAAGAAGAAAUGGACGGUUAAGGAAGGAUCUAGUCAAAGCCUGGAUUUGAAUCCCAUUGAAAUGUUGUGGGGGUUUUGAAACGAGCAGUACAUGCAAGAAAACCCUCAAACAUCUUACAACUGAAAGAACGUUGCAUGGAAGAGUGGUCAAAAAUUCCAGCAAGCCAGGUGGACAAUUAUGCAAAGUGCCUUCAAGAUGUUAUUUCUGCUAAAGGGGGCAAUACUAGCUUUUGAAGGCUUACUUACUGUACUUACUUUUUCCACAGAGGAAUAUCACAUUGAUAUUUCUGUUGAAUACAUGAUUGAAAAAGCAAAUGUUCCUUGUGGGUUCGUUCAAGUAUAUCACCUUUAUUAAUAGGUACCAUUUCAAAUAUGAUCAAAUGUACCCAUGUGCAAAUAUGUCAAAAAGCCAACAGUUUCCAUGGGGUGUACUUAUUUUUUUCACAUGAAUGUAUUAGGCAAGAAGUUAACAGUCAGUUCUCAACGUUGAUGUGUUGGAAGCAGAAAAUAUGGGCAAGCGUAAGGAUCUGAGUGGCUUUGACAAGGGCCAAAUUGUGAUGGCUAGACGAGCCAAAAUGGCAGGUCUUGUGGGGUGUUCCCAGUAUGCCGUGGUUAGUACAUAUCUAAAGAAGUCCAAGGAAUGACAGCCAGUGAACCGGCGACAGGGUCAUGUGUGCCCAAGUUUCACUGUUGUGUGUGGGGCGCGAAGGCUAGCCGGUCUGGUCCGAUUCCACAGAAGAGCUAUUGUAGCACAGAUUGCUGAAAAAGUUAAUGCUGGCUUUGAUAGAAAGGUGUCAAUGCACACAGUACAUCACAGCUUGCUGUGUAUGGGUCUGCAUAGCCACAGACCAGUCAAAGUGACCUGUGAAAGAGGCCACUGCCAUUAGGGAAUACUGUUGCCAUGAAGGGAUGUACUUGAUCUGUAACAAUCUUUAGGUUGAUGGUACAUAUCAAAGUAACAUCACAUGAAUGCCAGGACCAAGAUUUCCUACCAGAACAUUGCCCAGAGCAUCACACUGCCUCCGCUGGCUUGCCUUCUUCCCAUAGUGUAUCCUGGUGCCAUCUUUACCCCAGGGAAGCGAUGCACAUACACCCGGCCAGCCACAUGAUGAACGUGCUUCAUCAGACCAAACCACCUUCUUACAUUGCUCCAUGGUCGUAUUCUGAUGCUCACUUGCCCAUUGUAGCCGCUUUCAGCAGUGAACAGGGUCAGCAUGGGCACUCUGACCAGUCUGCAGCUAAGGUUCUGUUAAGGUGUUCUGACACCUUUCUAUCAUUGCCAGUAGAGCUGCAACAACUAAUUCAUAAUAAUCGAGUAUGAUAAUCGCUGUCAACGAAUCUCAUUAUUGAUUAGUUGGUCUGCACGUGGCACGGGGGAGAUUUACUCAUCCGAAAACACACUUCGGAGAGUAAAUACUAAAGUUGUGUCCCAAAUGAAGUACUAUACACUUACACUUGGCACUACCAUCUAGUGUGUGGAUUUUAGAAAGGUAAUAUCAUCUCAAAUAUAACACUAGCAUUUUAUUAUUUUUUUUACUUACCAGGAGUAUAAGCCACGACGGCACAUGACGUCAUACGCAUGCUAGCAUUAGCAGACACCCAGAGUCACCGAUAAUGACUUUCUUCAGUUUACUUUCUAUCAGCGUUACCUUUUAUUUCCAACAUGACCUCCGUCACCAUCAGACGAAGGCGAAAUCGUCACAUGACUGAGGAAGAAAGUGUGUAACCUCCAAGUCCUCUAAGACAGUGCUCGCAAUAUGAUUGCCGCUGUAAGGAGUCUACCAUUCGAGCAUGUGCCGUGUGUAGCGCAUAUGAUACAAAGGGUGAUCACCGUGGUUUUACGGGACAGUGGAUUUGACAGCGGUUUAGCCAAGUGCCGUAAAAUAGUAGGAUACUUCAGACACAGUCCCGCAAACACCGCAGAGCUGAAAGCUCAGCAAGCCUCUCAUGGACUAAUAGAGGAGUCCCUCGUCCAGGAUGUACAGACGUGCAGGAAUACAACUCUUGAAAUGAUAAGGCGGAUUAAACACAACAAAGAUCCACUGAAAGCAGUGCUGGCACAGCAGAAGCACAACUUCGCCAUGCCUCCUCAGCUGAAUAUGACAGGUUGGCAAAGUUGGAAACGAUGCUGAGCCCUGCAGGUAAUGUGAUUUCUCUGUCUUCUCCAAUUCUACUGAUAAAAAUAAGUCAUUUGUAAGUCAUCUAGACACAGUUUAAUGCCUAUACCCUAAAUAGAUGCCAUCUGAAUGAAAACUAGUCAUUAAGUCAAUUGUGUGGUGCUCUGUUUGCACUGUAGGUAUAUCACUGAGCUCCUAGGUGGUGAAAAGUAUAUAUCCUGCUCUGUGGUGCUACCUGCACUAUGUCAUCUCCUGCGUACAGUGGAAGUCUAUGAUGUUGACCCUACCUACAUAGCGCGCUUCAAGGAUGCAUUCACAAAGGACCUCAAUGGAUGAAAGGAGAACUGAAACCGGUGGUGGUUAAAGGUGGCAACCGCUCUAGAUCCUAGGUUCAAAAACCUUAGGUGCUUGCCCAGAGCAGAGAGGGGAGAGGUGUGGCAAAAGCUGAGCGAGAUGCUGAAGGAUAGAGAACCUGCACCACAGACCUCUGGAGACAAAGUGGAGCCAGAGCCACCAAAGAAGAAGAUGGCCCUCCUAUUCAUGGGAUCAGAGUCGGAGUCUGAUGAAGAGGUACUGGCCACGGAUAAAUCUCUAGAGAGGUACAAGGCAGGACCCUGUGUCUGCAUAGAAACAUGUCCACUACAGUGGUGGUCAUCACAAGCAGGUACAUAUGGUAAGCUGACCCAUAUUGCAAAAAGGUACUUGGCUACACCUGCCUGUACACCUACACAUAGAAACAUGUCCACUACAGUGGUGGUCAUCACAAGCAGGUACAUAUGAUAAGCUGACCCAUAUUGCAAAAAGGUACUUGGCUACACCUGCCUCAACAGUGCCAUGUGAGAGACUGUUCUCUUUGCCAGGCCACAUUCUGCAGAAGAAGAGUCAAGAGCUCUAUCAUCUGAAAAUGUCAACAAGCUAGUCUGCCUGAGCAACUGGUUGAAAGAAGAGUUAACUGUAUGAUUGGUUGACAGGAGACAUGUUGCACAGAUGCACACGGACUGAAGUAAUUAUCUUUAACCAAGAAUGUAGAGACUGUUCACUCUGUCUCUUCAGACAUUAUGGCAUUUCAUUUCUAAAAUAGGUCUACUUGCUGUUGCGUUCAUUUGAGUUGAUGUUACUAUACAAAAAAUUUACAGGUAAGCUAUUUGUGACUUUGUAGCAGACAUUACUUUGUAACAGUUGUUGGUUUCUGCUAAAUAUGUCUGCAGUUCAAAUGGACUCAAACAAUUUGAGAUUGCUAUUGAACACUUGUUAAACAUGUUAAUGUUAAUGGUUGCGAUAAUAAAACUGAAGAAUCUGUUUCCUUAAACCAGUUUCUCAUGCAUUUAUUUAUUUCAACACCGCACGUUUAACAGUAAAUCUUAGUAUUUUAAAUUUGUGAUUAAUCACAGCCCCUGACUGUGAUUAACUCGAUUAAAAUUUUUAAUCGAUUGACAGCACUACUAUAUAUUUUUUAUAGUAUGUAAGCAUUAUUUUUAUGGAUGCACACAAAGCACCCAGUUAAACUACAGUCCUACAUUAAUAAUAUAUAUUCUGGUGUGUGUAUUGGGUUCUUUUCUGUUUUGGUCAAACAGUUGUGUUAAGUUUUAGUCUGAAGUUAUAUUUGUAACACUCAGUUUAUGGAUUUUAUUUUAAAUAAAAAAAAUGGUACUGAAAGCUUGCCCCGCCCCAUCUGAUCAACCAAUUAAUCGAAAAAAUAAUCGGCCAACUAAUCGAUUUAUGAAAAUAAUCGUUAGUUGCAGACCUAAUUGACAGCAUUUUCAGCCAUUUGUGCUACAGUAGCUCUUAUGUGGGAUUGGACCAGACGGGCUAACCUUUGACCCUGUUGCCGGUCCUUUAUUGGACCACUUUUGGUAGGUACUAACCACUGCAUAUCAGGAACACCCCACAAGACUUGACAAAGUCACUCAGAUCCUUAUGCUUGUUCAUCCAUUUUUUCCUGCUUCCAACACAUCAACUUUGUGAACUGACUGUUCACUUGCUGCCUAAUAUAUCCCACCAGUUGACUUGUGCCAGUGUAACAAGAUAAUCAGUGUUAUUCAAUUCACCGGUCAGUUGGUUUAAUGUUAUGGCUGAUCAGUGUGCAUGUGUGAGUGUUCGUGUGUGUAUUCAUUUGCACUAUGGCACAGUGCGACAUAAUGUGAUCCCAUAUGUUUUCUUGCAAGACUUAUUUCCCUUUUUAGUGCAUGACCUGACUGCUCAUUGGUGGUUAAGUGAGUGGGUGCAGUAGAGGAUUUGAGGCUUUCCUUAAAAGAUGGCCAUGGAGGACCAGGAAUCAUCCUCUGUGUGGACUCAGAACCCCAGUAAUGAAACCAACAAUCCAGCUCAGGUGCAUUUUGAGGGUGGAACUGUGGCUCAAAUUGUGUAUAGUGGAGAACAGCCAGACCGAGGACAGCAGCAGGUUGUAUAUGCCGCAGAUGGAAGUUCCUAUACUUCAGUGGAGACUGCUGAACACACGCUGGUGUACAUACACCCUGCUGAUGGAGCACAGGCUGUGUUUACAGACCAGCCCCAAGUGGCAUACAUUCAGCAGGAUGGUACAACUCAACAGGUCACAGUGUUAUUGCCAGGUGGUCAGAACAUGAAUGCUACAAAUCUACAUGUGCUCAGUAAUGUAGCAGAUGCCCCACAGGCUAUACUAGAUCCUGUUUCACAGAAUCAGCUGCCCCGGAGUACUCUCCCUACCAUCACAGAGCCUUCAGUCAGUCCCUUGGCAGCUACAGACUCUACUGUGGACUCUGAGGAUGAAGAAGAAGAUGAUGAUGAUGAUGAUGAUGAUGAUGAUGAUAAUAGAGAUGAUUCAGAACUGGAUGAUUGGGAACCCAGGCCACCUCAACCGUUCACCCCUCAGCAUCUCUGGUGUGAGGAAUGUAAUAAUGCCAACCCAGGCGUGUGCUUGAAGCAUGGUCCUCUCUACCCAAUUGUUAACCGACCUGUGAUGUCCAAAGCUCGUGCUAGCCUUCCUCUCAUCCUCUACAUUGACCACUUCCAGGGAGGUGUCUUCUCCAAGAGGCGCAUUCCCAAACGUACUCAAUUUGGACCCGUGGAGGGGCCGCUGAUGCCACAGGGUGAACUGCAGGACACCCACUUUCAACUUAAGUUAUGCAUGUUGGACCCUCAAAAAGACAGCGAACGAUCAGAGGAAUUGUGGAUUAACCUAUCUGAUGAAGAUCGCUGUAACUGGAUGAUGUUUGUCCGUCCUGCUGAAAACCACCUGGAGCAGAACCUAGUGGCCUAUCAGUAUGGAUCCGACAUCUUCUACACCACGAUCAGAAACAUUCCACCAAAACAGGAGCUUAAGGUCUGGUAUGCUGCAUCAUAUGCAGAGUUUGUGAAUAAAAAGAUUCAUGAAAUCACAGAAGAAGAGAGGAAGGUACUACGAGAGCAGGAGAAGAACUGGCCAUGUUAUGAGUGUAACAGGCGUUUCAUGAGCUCAGAGCAGCUCCAACAACAUCUUAACAUGCAUGAUGACAAACUGGACCUCAUACAAAGGCCAAAAACACGUAGGCGAGGACGGGGCAGGAAACGGUUCAGUACUGGAAGGCGACCAGGCAGACGACCCAAAUUCAUCCGUCUGGAAACUCCACCAGAAGGUGCAGAUAAAAGCCAGGACUUUCUGGCAUUCUCAAAACUCCCAUAUGAGGAACAGGCAGGAAGGGUUAUGAAUGGGUUGAAGGUGGACGAGCUGGGAGAAGAUACUGUGGAAACUGCUACAAGUGGCACAUUAGAGACCCAAGCAGGACAGACUGACACUCUAAAUGAUGUGAAUGCUGCUGAAUCCCAAAUCUCAGCUUCUAAUGAUUCACAGGCUGAUAAAGAGGACCAAAAUGCAUCAGUUUCUACUGACACCCAUGUCACUCCCCAGGACAUGAGGCGUGCCCGGAGGAUCCGGAAUGCUGCCCUUCAGCACCUCUUCAUUAGGAAGUCCUUCCGUCCCUACAAGUGCACACUUUGUGGAAAAGCCUUUCGGGAGAAGGAUAAACUAGAACAACACAUGCGCUACCACAGCCGGGAAGGCUGCCGAUACACCUGCCACCAAUGCAACAAAGGCUUUUUGAGCAGUACGGUCCUGGAGGAACACCUUCAAAUGCACUUGGAGCAGCGCAGCUACUCCUGCCUGUUCUGUGCAGAGUCCUAUGACAGGCUGGAGCUGCUCAAAGAGCAUGUCAGUGUUCAUUUGGUCAAUGGCUGCUUCUCUUGUCCCUCCUGCAAGAAGACAUUCACGGAUUUCAUACAGGUAAAGAAGCAUGUGCGGAGCUUCCACUCAGAAAAGAUAUUCCAGUGUAUGGAAUGUGAUAAAGCCUUCUGCCGUCCGGACAAGCUGCGGCUGCACAUGCUACGCCACUCUGAUCGCAAAGACUUUCUGUGUUCAACCUGUGGCAAGCAGUUCAAAAGGAAGGAUAAAUUGCGGGAGCACAUGCAGCGCAUGCACAACCCAGAGCGCGAGGCCAAGAAAGCUGAUCGCAUUCACCGCACAAAGUCUCUGAAGCAAAAGGAGCCCUCCACUGACUUUGAGAGCUUUAUUUUUAAAUGCCGGCUCUGCAUGAUGGGCUUCAGACGGAGAGGAAUGCUGGUUAAUCACCUGUCAAAACGCCACCCUGAGAUGCGAAUCGAUGAGGUCCCUGAGCUGACACUCCCCAUCAUUAAGCCCAACAGAGAUUACUUUUGUCAGUAUUGUGAUAAGGUUUAUAAGAGUGCAAGUAAGCGCAAAGCUCACAUCCUAAAGAAUCACCCUGGUGCAGAAUUACCACCCAGUAUCCGGAAGCUGCGUCCGGCCAGGCCGGGUGAGCCAGACCCCAUGUUGAGCACCCACACUCAGCUAACAGGCACCAUUGCCACAGCCCCUGUCUGUUGCCCACACUGUGCAAAGCAGUAUAGCAGUAAGACAAAGAUGGUGCAGCACAUCCGUAAAAAGCAUCCAGAAUUUGCACAGCUAUCCAACAGCAUCCAGGCUCCCUUAGCUACAACCGUCAUUAACAGCACUCCAGCCGUCAUCACAACUGAUGGUACUACAACUGAGGCUGUGGUGACAACAGACCUUUUGACACAGGCAAUGACGGAGCUGUCUCAGACUCUGACCACAGAUUACCGCACAGUGCAGGGAGACUUCCAGAGGAUCCAGUAUAUACCUGUGACUCAGGCUGGAGGGGGUUUGGCCCAACCGCAGCACAUCCAGUUGCAGGUGGUGCAGGUUGCUCCGCCAUCAACCUCUCAGUCCCAGCACUCAACAGUGGAUAUGACCCAGCUGCAGGAUCCUCAUAGCUUUUCUCAGCACUCCAUUCAGGUGACUGGCCAGCCAUUAAGCCCUUCCUCUCAACAAGCAGCCCAUGAAAUAAAUUCAGGUCGCCUUCAAACAUCAACCAGUCAAACACAAGGGACAGUGCAGCAUGCUUACUUGCCUAGCAACUGGAACUAUCGGAGUUACCCCUCUGAGAUACAGAUGAUGGCUCUGCCUCAUGCGCAGUAUGUGCUAGCAGAUGCUGGCACACCUGUCACUGCAGCUGCUAACAGCAGCCAAGUCAAAACGACUCAUUAUGUGAUAUCUGAGGGGCAGACUGAGCUGGAUAAUAAACAAGAUAAUGUCCCACCCACCACCAUUGAGGUAAACACUGACUCAUUGGAGCAGCCAUCUGCCAGUCAACAGGCUACAACCCAAUACAUAAUAAAAACCACAACUAAUGGAUCUGGUGCAAGUGAGGUGCAAAUUACAAAACCUUGAUGUGUCCCAUUUCCUGCUCUGCCAUGAUUUUACCUCAAUGUUAAUUUGAUUUAAAUUAAUCUUUUUUUAUGUUGAGAUAUUACAGUUUGCAUGUGAGAUUUCUUUGAGUAAUUGGGCAGAUUUUAUUUUUUGUUUAGUACAAAAUAUGUAAUUUUCAUAUAUAUAUAUGACGUUUUAAAGUCUUGCUGUUGAUCUAGAUUAACAGGCACAGAUUAAACUGAGUUUGACACUGAAUGUAUAAAAUGUAUAGAAUUAAAUGUCUUGAUUUUUUUUCUACAUCCCUAAACACCCCCUAAACACGGGUUCCUAUUUUGUUUCCCAUUAUUCAUGUAUGUUUUAAAUUGUUGACUUGUGUUUCUUGGUUUGUAACAUACCAUGUAUCAUGCGUAUUAAUUUCCUGGUUAAUGGAUGUUUAGUAUUUAUUUGGCAUAUGCAUUACUGCUUACAGUGAGUUGAAUACGUAUAACCUAAAAAGCCACAAAUAAAAACAAAACAAAACAAAAAAAAAACAAUGAAAUUCAAAGGAUAACACAAAGCCACAAUUUAAAGCGGGAGGCUUGUUCAGUGUAAAGAAGCGUAGCUAUAUUAUUCGUAUUGGUUGAGUUUAUAAUAUGUAGAAGCACCUUGUCUCCAAAUGAAUAUGUUCUGAUGUCUCUAAUGUUGGCAAGAUAUUUUUUUUUUAACACCUGUAUAUCACAAAUUUUGUUGUGAAUGUUCUGGGAAUGAGCAUUAGCAUUUUUUGGGUGGUGGGGGUUCAGAGUAAUUCUGUUGAUAGAAACUUACGUAGUUCAGUAAAACUCUUCUGUGUCUUGUUUAUUUUGAACGCAUAAACAAAUUAUGAGUUUGUGUGGGACACAAACUUACAGCGACUGCAUGUAGCAGUUUUAAAAUAUGUAAAUGGUUUGUCAUACACAGAACAUUUACACAUGUUAAAAACAAAGGUCAAUCAAUAAAAUUUAUUCAUAACUGCCA